ACGCUUGCAUGGAGUAUGCCGUUCUACGAAAUUUCCUGGUCAAAGGAGGAUAAAAGGCACUGGGUGGACACGGCGUGGCAUCACCUCCUUGUAAGGAAUAGCCUGGGCAGCUACAAGACUCGAGCCACCAUGAUCAAGCUGGCGUGUACCUUGGUGGUACUAGUGGCAGUGGCCUCGUGGUGCCCACCAACAUUGUCCGCCUCGGAGAUCGAGCCAGGUAGUGCACCUGCAAGCCAAACACUCUUUGGCCCCGACUGCCAGAUCCUGUCAGGGUCCCUCAACGGCUACGUAGCUGUUGCCAACCAGGCCGCGGGCAAAGACGUUGCUGGACCACGUGCCGGCUUACGCACUGCGUGCUCGUCCAGUGACAACAACUCCUGCAAUGUCCAGUGCAUCAACUCAGGCUGGCGGGGUGGCUACUGCUGCUGCACCUGUGGGACCGUCAGCUUGUGCACCUGCUACCGAUAAAUGGCAUGUGAACUGAUUAAGAGAGCAACGAGCCCGGCAGGAGUGGUCGGAUCUGACGAGCUAAAGGCUGACCAAGUCCCUGCUUAUAGUUAAACUGACGUUCAGUUGUUAUUUGUAAAUUUUUGUACGUACUUUGUUUUGUUUUUGGUAUUAGAAAUAUGGUAAAAAGGAA